UGUGUAUAUAUUCUUAUAACGGAUAAUACUUACAAUAUUAGUAUUUAUGAUUUGCUUUUUUUACUGUGAAUUUGCACAUUAAUAUUUGUUUUGCUUCGUAGAUCUGUAAUCCAAAAUUCGCAUCGAAAUAUAUAACCAAAUUUCUUUUUUUUUUGAGCUAGGAACCCUACUGAAAUCCUGUAAUUAUUAUUCUGUAUACACAAUAGUACUAUUAGACUACCGAUACGGGUUGGACUAGUGGUAAAUGUAGCUUUCUUAAAGGACACGAGUUUGAUUCUUGUUGAGAAAGGUAAUAAGCCUGACUUUAAAACUUCCAAAUUAAAACCAAAAAAGUUACCAAAUUUUUAAAUAGUCACGUGAUUUGGUCGGUAAGCAUCCACUACUACUACGUGGUCACAUGCCAGUAUUUCGAGUAAUCAACCUAUUAUAUAUCACCGUCUAACAAGGACAAAACAAUUAUAAAGAAAAUAGUAAUUUCCCAUUUAUGUACUGAUACAAAAUCUAUGUGUGUUGUCAUACCCAACACGUAGACAGGAAACAAAAGAAUAUAAAAAAAAACGUGCUGCUUUUUAUUAGAAUAGUAGAGUGGGAUGUAAAAAGUCAGCAUGAAUCAUGCGACACGGUAAUAAGACACGGUCCUAUGACUAAGUCCACUCUUAUCCGGUGACGUAAAACAGCAUCAUGCAGCGUUUGCUAUGACGCACAUCCUCGCGUAACCAUCGUUGACGCUAAACUUACCUCCAUACACUCUCCUUCGUAUAUAUAUUAAUAUAUAUAUAUACGACAAAACGUUCCCCUUCCUCAUUAACAUCUUUAAAUCAUUUUUGAACAAUGCAAGGAACGAUUUCUUGUACAAGGCAUUAUAAUAUGAUCCCUGCCGCUGAAUCUCCUCGACCGUUGCCACUUAAAACUGAGAAAACCGGCGAGAAUGUUCGUACGUUGGUGGAGGAGAACGCGCUGAUCGUGAUUGGACGGAGAGGAUGUUGUAUGUGCCACGUUAUCAAGAGCCUGCUUCUUGGACUUGGAGUAAACCCAGCGGUUCUUGAGAUCGAUGAUCAGGAGAAGGAAGAGGAAGUUAUGAGUGAGCUAGAGAGAAUUGGCGUUGAAGGCGGCAGAGAAAGGGUGAAAUUACCGGCGGUUUAUAUAGGAGGAAGGUUGUUUGGAGGGCUAGAUAGGGUUAUGGCCACUCAUAUCUCCGGUGAGUUGGUUCCAAUUCUUAAGGAUGUUGGAGCUUUGUGGUUGUGAUUCUAUUCAAAUGAUUUAAUUUCCUUAAAUAUAUGUUGAAUUUUGAUUCGGCAAUGGAUGUUUAUUCUUUAGGCUUUAUGAUGGAUCAAUGAUUUCCUAUCUAUAAUAAAAUCGAAGAAUGGUUAAAGUCACUAGAAUGUAUGUAUAUUCACUAAAUACAAAUAGUAAAAAUUGAUUUAAAAUGAAAUAUAGAACCUAUAUAAUUUGUAUCCAUCGCAGCGAACUCAUCGUUGAUUUCCAUAUACCCUAUUAAAAGAAAAAAGGGAGCAGCAGAAGUAAAUGUAGAUAUUGGAGUCAAGAAGCAACUGUCAUCUUCACGUAAGCAUUGUGCUCUGUCACACUUCAAAGAGACGGAAGUGGGCAUACCGCUCGGUGCUGGGACCUCAUAAGCACUGAGUUCGUGCUGGGACCUCAUAAGCACCGAACUGGCUCACGUUCAUAUGCUAGGGUUGCAGGUAUUUUGGUAAGAUAUAUUGUUUUCAUCGUACUACUUUAAAUAUUAUUUUCUAACAUUUCUAUUUUGUAAAAAGAAAAGGAUAGAGAUGCAUCUUACAUUGAUGUGCUUCGUAAGACACACAAGAAAUCAGAUGGAUCAUUAAUAGAUGAAAGGGCAAGGCUUAUUAGUGAAAGAUUUGAAAAAAAUGUAGAUGAUCAUAUGUUUUUUUUUCGAAAAAUCCUAUCGGCUGAUCCGGUCGGCUUCGGAAAGAACACACUUAGUGCUACAGAGAAGACUGGCUAUCACACUGCCUGACCCAAGAUUGAAAUACUUUCCGACUAAUGCCAGGGGAUGAACCGAUCAUCAGGGGGUGAAUCUGAUCAUAUGUUUGAAGACGAUAUCCUAACAACCGAAGAGCUAACUCUUGAGAAAAAGAAUGAAAUGUAUUUGAAGGUAAUGUAAUUUUUUUUUAAUCUUUUUGUCUUCCUAGUUUACACCAUAGAUAGUUUUUUUGUCUGACAUACAUUUAUAUUCUGCCAUUGCUGGAUUCCACACAAGGUGGUGUGUUUGGUCUAGGAUCUCUCUUUAGUGAAAUUUCAAUCAUUGGUAAAUUGCUAGUCACCAUUGUAAGUCUUCUUGUUCGGUAGAUCUUAAAACUAAUUCAAUUUUUUUUAUAAAAAGUACUUUUAUGGGAAAAAAUUGAAAUCAUGUAAUAAUAAAAUAUUUUUAAAUGAUGUAUAUUUAUUUUUACUAAAAUUGAAUUAUUUUCAACAUAAUUGAGUGAAAGUAGAUUAACUCAUGAUAGUUCUUGGUUUAGGGUUUGAUAACAUAUGUUAUAAUAUUGUUGGUAUAUUUAGGGUUAGAUUUUUAAAUUUUAUCUUUUUUAUAUAUAUAUAUAAAUUUAACUUAUAUGUGUUUAGUGACUAUCUAAUAACUUGAUUUAAACAAUUUCUAAGUAUCUUAAAAGUUUAAGAAAGUGUUUUUUUUUUAUUUAGUUAUUUGAUUAUAGGGUCUGGAAGACUCACAGAAGACUUCCCGGGAAGUCUUCUGACAUAUCUCACCUAAAUUUUAGUAGAAUUUAGGUUUCCCGCCUAAAUCGAAGUCUUCCAGAAGUCUUUUCAUGUAUUAGAUCUUAAAAGUAAUAAUAAAUUUUAUAAAUAAUAUUUUGAAAGAGAAAAAAUCAAAAUCAUGUAUUAAUAAACAUUUCUAAGUGAUGAAAAUUUAGUUUUGCUAAAACUGAAUUAUUUUUAACAUAGAUGAAUGGAUGUAAACUGAGUCAUGAUAGCUUUCGGUUUAGGAUUUGGUAAUAUAUGUUAUAGUAUUGUUGGUGUUUUUAGGGUUAGAUUUUGAUUUUUUUUUUAGUUUGACAUAUAUGUGUUUUGUGACUAUCUAAUUACUUGAUUUAAACUCUUUCUAAGUUUCUUUUAAGUUUAAGGAAAUGUUGUUGCUUAGUUAUUUGAUUAUAGGGUUUGACUCCGAGAAGACUUUGGAUUAGGGUUUUGUAACAUAUGUUAUAGUAUUGUUUGUAUUUAGGGUUUGAUUUUAGAAUUUUAACUUUUUUUUAAAAAAAAAUGACCUACAUGUGUUUAUUUUUGUGUAUAUUAAACGCUUUAUAAGUUGAUUUUAAGUUAAAUGAAUUGUUUUUUUUUUGCUAUUUAGUUAGUUAUUAUAUUAUGUUAUGGUUUGGAAAACUUCUAGAAGACUUCCCAGGAAGACUUCCAGAAGUCUUCUGACAUAUUUAUGCCUAAAUUUUAGUAGAAUUUUGGUUUCCCGCCUAAAGCGAAGUCUUCCACAAGUCUUCUCAUAUAUUUGAUUUUAGGGAAGUCUUCUGUAUCAAAAUUAUUUAAUCUACUUAUAUAAAGAAAAUUUACACAUUCUCUUUCUUCCUCUCAAAUGGCUGCAACAAAAAUGUAAUGUUUCUAACUCUAAAACUAUCCAACCUCUCUCUAAUCUCUUUAAUAUCAAAACACCAAACUUUAAAUCUAUUUCUCAUUUUUUUCUUAUGUCUUCUAACUAAUUUAUCUUCUUUUUGCAGAUUUUUUAUUACACGGUUCUCAUCUUUCACUCAUUCAAAGAUAAAUCUGUAAAUUUUGGAUAUGUGUGUUAUAUAUAUUAGAUUCUAAAAUGCUAUAGAUUCAACUUAAUGUGACUGUUUUGAUUAUUAUUUAAGCAUGAAAAUAUAUUUUUGAAGUUUUUCUCAGUUUUGAAGUCAUUUAAAUGUUUUUGAGUUUGCAGGUUUUUCAGAUCUAAGAGAUAUUUUGAAAGACUUCUCAGAAGACUCUUGGAAGACUUCUCGGAAUACUUUAGGCAAGUCUUCUAAUGCAUUUUAUGCUAGAAGUCUUCCGAAGUCUUCUCAAGAAGUCUUCUGCCCAAUGUGGUACAAAUUUUGGAUUUGUAUUUUGUGUGUGUUUAUAUAUUAUAUUCUAAAAAGUUAUAAAUUCAACCUAAUUUGAUUUUUUGUUUAUUAUUUAAGCAUAAAGAAUUUGUUUUUGAAGUUUUUUUUGUUUUGAAGCCAUUUGAAUGCUUUUGAAUAUGAAGAUUUUUUUAAGAUCUGAGUCAGACUUUGGAAGACCUCUCAGAAGACUCUUGGAAGACUCUCGGAAGAUUCUUGGAAGACUCUCAGAAGACUCUUGGAAGACUUCUUAGGAAGUCUUCUAAUGUAUUUUAUGCUAGAAGACUUCCCACGAAGUCUUCGGAAAGUCUUCCGAAGUCUUCUGCCCAAAGUGGUACAAAGGAAUGAUGUCAAGUAGAGUCCAAGCUUAUCUAUAUUGAAGAAUGAUAUCUAGCUUCAUGUGUAAUAGUUUUGUUUAUGGUCUGAUUUAUGAUUUGUAUGUGUACUAUUUUAGUUGUGAAUUCUUUUGUGAACUUGAAGAGAUAUUAAUCAAAAGAAUUUGGUAUGUAUGUUCAUGUUUUUCCCAAAGUACUUGACAUUAUUGAAGUUAUUGAUACAACA